CAGCACCCAGUCACUUCCACAGUCUCUGCCUGAAGCUGCUGAACAGCUGCUGCACCAGCUUUACCCUCUCACUCACUAUCACCCUCACUACAGCACAGCUCUCAGCUCCUUCUGACCUGCAGCAAUGGACUGUGAUCUGGACAACCUGGACGCUGCGGGCUUUCUACAGAUCUGGCAACACUUUGAUGCAGAUGAUAACGGCUACAUUGAGGGGAAGGAGCUGGACGCCUUCUUUCGUCAUAUGAUGACCAAACUGAGACCAGGGGAUAACGUAACAGAGGAGAAAGUGCAGCAAUUGAAGGCCAGGUUUAUGUCCGCCUACGAUGUCACUGCUGACGGCCGCCUACAAAUCCAGGAGCUCGCUAAUAUGAUCCUGCCAGAAGAUGAGAACUUUCUGCUGGUGUUCCGCAGGGAGGCUCCUCUGGACAACAGCGUGGAGUUUAUGAAGAUCUGGAGGAAGUAUGAUGCGGACAGCAGUGGAUAUAUUUCAGCAGUGGAGCUAAAGAGUUUCCUUCAGGAUUUGUUUCAACAUCACAAAAAAGAGGUGUCCUCCAGCAAACUGGAAGAAUACACGGAUGCCAUGAUGAAUAUAUUUGACAAGAAUAAAGAUGGACGGUUGGAUCUGAAUGAUUUAGCAAGAAUUCUGGCCUUACAGGAGAACUUCUUGCUGCAGUUCAAGAUGGAUGCCAACACUCUGUUAGAGAGAAAGCGUGACUUUGAGAAAAUCUUUGCACACUACGAUGUGAGUAAGACUGGAGCUCUGGAGGGACCAGAGGUGGACGGCUUUGUUAAAGAUAUGAUGGAGCUGGUCAGGCCGAGCAUCAGUGGAUCAGAACUGGAUCAGUUCCGUAAGGUGCUGUUGCGCCAUUGCGACAUCAACAAGGAUGGAAAGAUCCAGAAGAAUGAACUGGCCCUCUGUCUAGGGAUGAAGCUCAAGCCAUAAUCCACUUAUUGAUUCUUGCAGAAUGUAUGAACAUGUUAAUGGUACAAAAACAUAAGAUAUGAAAAGUAAAAGACUGUAUGUAAAUAAAUACAUGAAUAAUAAACAUUAUUUGAUUGUAUUGUAGCUUGAGGUAAAACUAGGCUGUAUCUUUUCAGGGUUUAGCUCAAAUCUAGUGUUUAUUACAAGACUGAGCAGAUUUACUUUACAUAGUUUAGAUUUUUGGACUGAUUAUGCUCAAAGCAAUAGUUUAGCAAGAAACAUGCAAUUCACAGUUUAACCCUAAAGCAGUUGAGACAUGUUUAAUGACUAAAGGAGUCUUUUUUAAGUUUACACUGGAGCUACAGCCCUAUCCGGAUGGGAUUAGUUUCUCAGGGGGUCUUGGGUAAUUUUCUCUUUUACGGGAGGGUCCUCUGUCAUUUUAUUCCCACCCAGAACAACCAUGUACGUGUUUUUCUUAGACUUCCUCUGAGAAACUUACAGGCUGAAUUACCUUCUGAAUACUGAAUUCUGUCAUUGUCCGGUAAUUUUAGUCCCGUACGGACUCACAUCUCUGAGUUUCAUCACCUCGCAUUUAACAAAAUAGCUAUUUGUCCACUGCCACGCAUCGUUUACUCUUUAUUACACUUUGGGUCCAUGUUUCCACAGAGAUCCACGUAAACACAACGGCGAGUGGAAAUAGACACAUCUCACAGACGCAUUUCCAUACGGACUCCCACACUUUAGUUGUAAACUGUAUUUUCAAAUUGUUGAUGAAAAGUGAAAAUAGGAGGCAGUGUCUCUUCUUUGCUCCAGUGUCUUUUAGAGUGCCACAAUAAUGCUCUAUGUGCAAAACCUGAUAUCACAUGACAUUGCAUUUCCAAAAAAAAAUGCUGCUUUUUUUCUUUUGUUUUAAUUGCAGUCUGGAUGCAAGAGUUUUAUCAAUAAGAAGAAGUGUGAAUUUUUUUACAGAAGUCCCCUGAGAAACUAUAGGGUUUAAGGCUAAUGUAGCUAAAAGGUUUAGCAUAUACCAACUAGCAUACUGCAAAAUGCAUAUAAAAAUCUACACAUUUUUAUAGAUAAAAACACAGGAGAUGGAUGCUAAUACUAAUGAGGGAAUUAAUUAGCAUUAAUAAUCUGGUUAGAAUGGGGUGAGAUAUACAGUGGCAUGAAAAAGUAUGUGAAUACUUUAAGAUUUUAACAGUUUUCGGCAUAAAUUGUUUAAAAUGUUUUCAGCUCUUCGUCCAAGUCAAGGGUAUUGACACAUAAUGUACCCACAAUAAUAACAAAAAAUAAAUUAUGAGCUUGCAGGGGUUCAUUGAACACACUUAUUCAACACUUACAAUAGUAGUGGGAAAAGUAAGUGAACCCUUGGAAUCAAUAUCAAUACAACCACACCCACCCGCCUGGCCCUGCCCCUUCCAACAAUAACCUCAACCAGGCUGUUCCUGUAGCUGUGGAUCAGACCUGCACAUCAUGCAGUAGGAAUGUUUGUCUAUUCUUCCUGACAAAAACUGCUAUAACUCGGUCAUAUUCCUUGGAAGCCUCAGCUGUAUGACUCUGUUCAAGCCAGUCCAUAGCACCAGAGAUCUUGGCUCUGACUUUGCCACUCCAAAAGGCAGAUUUAGUAUUUCUCAUGUUGUAUUGUUUGGGUUACCGUCCUGUUGCAUCAUCCAACUUCUACAGAAUUUCAGCUGACAUACAGACAUUCUCACAUUAUCCUGUAGUUUUUUGAUAAACUUGGGAAUUCACCCCUAAAUGCUUGCUACACCAUGGCCUGACCUGCUUACAAAAGAUAUGCAUUGCCUUACAUGCAUUGCAGAAAUAGGUCAAUAUUAGUGUCACCUAUCCACAAAACAUUUUCACAAAACAUGUGGAGUGUCACAAACUGAGCUCUUUCACAAACUUCAGGCAUGCCACAAUGUAUAUCUCUAUGAAAUAUGCAAACCAAAACAGCCAAAAAGCAAGUAUACCUCUAGCCUAAGAGGUUGAGAAACUAUUCAUGUGUGUGGGAAGCGAGGCAAGCCCAUCUAAUUUAAUCCCACAGAAGAGCUACUGUUACACUAACGUGGAUGUAUCGUGCAGUUUAUGCCGUUAUGGGUCAGAGCUGUGUUGGUGUCUCGAGGGGGAUCUAAGACUAUUUGGUGUAAGCUUAUAUUUCUUAUUAGCUGCAUUAGCCUCAUAACUCAGUGUAAAACUUUACAAGUCUUUACUGAUCAUCUAAAGAUGUGUAAAGAGGGGAAACUGUAUAAGUAUGACUUUUUAACUACUGUCAUAAUAAACUGUUCCUUUACUGUGUGGAUGAGCCCAUAUUGAAUUUCCUAAAUUGAACUAUCCUGUAAUGAAUUUGCCAAACUUAACAGUGAAUUGUUUUUAAUAUUUUUAAUGUUUUAUAUAUUUAAUAUGUAAGAUGAACAUAUAGUCCGGUCCAUAACUAUUUGGACAGUGACACAUUUUUUGUAAUUUCGGUCUGUCCAUCACACUGCAGUGAAUUUAUCAAUUUAUUAAAAAUCAAUCAAUCAAGGUGUGAAUAAAGUGUAGAGUGUAAGCUUUAAAGUAAGGGGUUUAACAACAACAACAUAGUAUCUGCAUAGGUUUAAAAGUAUUUGAAAUGUUCACUGCUAAGCAGAUUUUGGCCAGCUGUGGCUCGAUCCUUGGUAAUUUCAUGAAAAAUAAAGAAGAUAGAUGUUUUGGAGUUAAUCCCAAGUGUGAAACCUGUACAGGUCUAGGCUAUUCAUUAAAGCUCUCAAUGAAUUAUUGACUUCUUCAAUGGACAUAAACUGUGAUACAAUCCCAGUAAUUAUGGGUCUGACUGUAUGAACCUAUCUUUCUGCUGCAUGGAACACUGUCUGGCAUGAUUUUGAUAUAACGAUAACUAAUAAAUAAGGUAACACGUU